AAUAGUGUCAUUUACAGCAGGUCGUAACAUGCAUUGUGUAUAUAAAUUUUGAAAUUGUUAACUUUUGAAUGCUUAUAGUUUGAAGUUGUCCUUGCAGGUUUUGUAUCAUAUUAUAUUCACAAUUUAUCCAUUAAAAUAUAUUUGUUUAAUCGCUGCAGUCAAUGUAUCGGUGAUAUUUGUAAACAAUGACAGCGACAGCGUCUGCAACGACUGCUACUCUAGAUGAAGAUUUAGAUGAUUGUGGACCGCAACUUAUUAGCAAAUUAGAGGGCAAUGGCAUUACAUCAGGGGAUAUUAAAAAAUUGGAAGAAGCUGGUUACCACACUGUGGAAUCAGUUGCUUAUGCUCCUAAAAAAUGGUUGAUAACUAUAAAAGGCAUUUCAGAAGCAAAAGCAGACAAAAUACUUGCAGAAGCUUCUAAACUUGUGCCUAUGGGAUUUACUACAGCUACAGAGUUUCAUCAGAAAAGAGCUGAAAUUAUACAAUUGACAACAGGGUCCAAAGAGUUAGAUAGGCUACUCGGAGGGGGAAUUGAAACUGGCUCUAUCACAGAAAUAUUUGGCGAAUUCCGCACGGGAAAGACACAGUUGUGUCACACACUCGCUGUGACCUGUCAGUUGCCGAUAGAGCAAUCAGGCGGAGAGGGCAAAUGCAUGUACAUAGAUACAGAAGGUACUUUCCGCCCAGAGCGUUUGCUGGCUGUAGCACAAAGAUAUGGGAUGGAAGGGGCUGCAGUGCUGGACAAUGUGGCAUAUGCUAGAGCUUAUAAUACAGACCAUCAGACACAGCUGUUGGUGCAGGCUUGUGCUAUGAUGGCAGAAUCUAGAUAUUCCCUCCUAAUAGUGGACAGUGUGACAGCAUUGUACCGGACUGACUACUCUGGUCGCGGAGAGCUGAACCCUCGACAGCAACACCUAGGUCGGUUUAUGAGGAUGCUGCUACGCUUGGCUGAUGAGUUUGGUGUGGCUGUAAUAAUAACUAACCAAGUGGUCGCUCAAGUGGAUUCCGUGGGUGUGUUCAAUGCAGACACCAAAAAACCGAUUGGAGGCCACAUUCUCGCCCACGCGUCUACUACCAGGCUAUACCUGAGGAAGGGGAGAGGAGAUAACAGAGUUUGCAAGAUUUAUGAUAGUCCUUGCUUGCCAGAGACAGAGGCCAUGUUUGCUAUCAGUUCAGAAGGGAUUACUGAUGCUAAGGAAUGAAGAAAUUAAUUUAAAUGAGCCUUUUUGGGGUUGAAGAUUGAAGGAGUUAAUGACAAUAGACUAUAACUUGCAAUUACGUUUUGAAUUGUCAAGGUUAAGUUUAUUUACACUUUACAUGUGAAAAUGAAAAAUAGGUGUUGUAAUUAAAAAAACUGUUACAGGAACUUCAUUCAUAUUAAUUAAAAAAAAACAUGCUUUUUUAAAACUGUGACUAAAAAAUUUUAAAAUCGUCAAAAUAAGUUAAAUAAUAAAAUUGAUUAUUAAACAAGGUGUCCAAGGUCACAUAGAAGUUGCUUCAAUAAUUUUGGUAUUGAAAAAGAUAAGUUUAAAUUAUUUAAUAAAAGGGUACCUGUCCUAAAGUCUAAAGUUUAUAACACCGACUCUGGAGUCGAUUCUAAAUUCAGUGCCUUAUAUUCAGUACCGUUAUGGACAAACUAUUAUUUAA